GUUUUUACCUUAACGCCGUAAACCAUGUCGCCAGAUUGGGGUUGGUCGAUACCGCUCGGAAAUUAAUGAUGCUUUAUGGUUACCAACCAGGGAGGGGACGGCGGUAAGCAUCUGAUCGAACGUGAGAUUGUCGGCAUUGUCGUAGAACUCAUAGGUCACGCACGCGAAUAGGAACGCGUUGCCGAACGCGAAAUGGAAUGCAGGAGUGGAGUAAAACAGCGACGCGCACGCGCACCCGUACAACGACUCGAGCCGCGACAUUUCGCGCAGAAAUUUCUCCCAUAGGUGGCGCUUUGUGAUCGUGUCGUAUGCGCAGCACGCAAUGCUCAGCAGCCCGAACGUCUGCGAAGCGAAGUAAACGAUUUUGACGACGACGUCGACGUGAAAGUCGGCGGAACAUUCGAGGUACGCGUUGAUGGCGGUCCAAGCGGCGAUGGCGGCCACCAAAACGACCGAGCAAGCCGAGUACGGACGGACGUUGGCGAGCCUAUCGUUGUCGUAGUCAUAGUCGGGAAGAGUGCCCCAAAACCAUUCGAACUGAGGAUGACACGGGGCACCUCUGACGAACCGCUACACGACGUAAACUAAGUUCCACCAUGGGAUCCCGCUUAAUGUCUUCCUUCCUCCUCAUAUCUGUUUGUGUGUUUCACUUGACGCAGUGCGAUGGAGUCGCGGUGGGCGGGCACUCGGAUGUAACCGAAACAAACCUUGGGAAUCUAAAAUCCGUAAAAGAAAAUAUGAGCGACAGGAUGGCGAACUACUUCAGGACGAGGAGAAGCACGUCCAAAAAAAGCUCGCCCAAAAACACAUCCUUUUCGGCCAUUCAAAAAAUGCAUGCCGAAUGGACCAAAAUGGCACGCGACGCGGCCAUGACCAACGAGUCUAACCCGACUGAACAGACGAACCAAACGCGUCUUGACCCAAUCUAUCGACUGCACCAGCAGAAUAUCAAAGAGAAACAAGACGACAGCGUCUACUCGGGGGUUAGCUGCAGUUUCGAAAACGACUGCAAAUGGACUUGGAGGAAGGACAUCGCCAACGGGUUUUAUAUUACGUCAGGCGCUCAAUUUAAGAGCAACGAUUCAGGUCCAAAGGUGGACGCUAACGGUCGGCCAUAUGGGAGUUUCCUUUUUAUACGCCUGCCGAUCAAUUCGAGAGAGUUUCACGUGACGAGUCCGCUGUUCGGGCCUACGACAGCGGCGUGCAAGCUGCGCGUGCACGUUUUCCAAGAGUACAUGGACGGGGGUGAGAUCCGAAUCGUCGGGGACAAAACUAACGACGAGUCGUUUAGCAAUCACACGCAGUGGUUGGUCGACAAGAUCCACGGGGAACACUCGGGAGGUUGGAAAAAACACGAAAUGUCGUUGGGAAAAAUCACGAGCAACUUCACGAUCAUCCUCGAGGUGGUACCGUCGGAAAACACGGCGAGCGGCGCGAUCGUCGCCUUCGACAACCUGCAGCUAUACCAGUGUUUCGUAAAAAACGACGACACCUGUACCCGUCUUCAGUACAGGUGCAACACGACCAUGGAGUGCGUAAAUACGAGCAGCGUUUGUGAUUUCACGGAAGACUGUCCGCUCGGUGACGACGAGACUCAGAAUUGUCAUUUGAUGCCUUACGGAUCGAGGUGCUCGUUCGAGGAAGAGGGAUGGUGCGGUUGGACUAACAUCGUAGACUCCAAGACUGUACUGCAAUGGGCGCGCCACAACGGUUCAUCGCCGAGUAACUUUACUGGUCCGCGAGCUGACCACACAUUCAUGAAUACUACCGGCAGUUACCUGUAUGUCAGCAUGCUGAAAGACGGGUCUCAGUUCGCCAGCGGAGCGCUAUUGCAGAGCGUUACCUUCAAUCCGCCACCUAGAGUGCACGGAAACUCUUCGUCCAGAUAUUAUAAUUCGUGCGCGAUCCGUUUUUAUCUACACAAAACCGGAAAGCACAAGAGCGGCAUAUUGCUCGAGGUGAUCGAGCUGACGCCUACCGAGAACAAAACGACCAAUUUGUAUUGGAGCUACGUGGACGAUCACGGCGACCAGUGGGUCCGAGUGGUGCUUAUUCUGCCUAAUAUCACCCACAGAUAUUUCCUCAACUUCAUGGCCAAGAAAGGCUACCGGUACCUAAGCGAUUUGGCCAUUGACGACGUUUCGCUCAGCCCAGAGUGUUUCGGCCUCAAUAUACCCGCCGACGAGCUGCAGGGUUAUAACUACUGGAACCCGAGGAGCGACGUUUUGGUACCCAAAGAACCCCACCCGGAUUUCAAGAACAAAACAUUCUACAUGAUUACCAAUUGCAAGGCAACCGGCCGAUUCGGACCCACGCAACACGAAUGUUUGAGGGCCUACAACAACACCAAAGUCUCCGUUAAAGUCCUCCAUGAGCCCGGACUCACCGGGGUGCAAAAGUGGGUGGUGCCGCGCAAUGGAUUUUACACAUUUAUAUUGGCGGGUGCGAGCGGCGGCAAAGGCAGCUCCACCGCCGGGUCAUCGAGGGGAGCGAUGGUCCGGACCGUCAUGGAACUGAAAAAGGGCCAGGAAAUGUACAUUCUCGUCGGCCAGGAAGGUUCUAGCGCGUGUCCCAAGGUACUCGGCCAAACGACGAAUUCAUCGUGUUCGAGUAACCGCGACGAGCCGAUCUCGGGAGGAGUCAGGGGCGUGCUCCAACUGCAGAUAAACGACAGCGGCGGCGGUGGAGGCGGCGCGACUUUCCUCUUUAUAAGGAACAAAACGAAAGAUAAGGUUCCGGUGGCUGUAGCGGCAGGUGGUGGCGGUUUGGGAAUGAGCCGUUUCUUCUUGGACAACGAGGCGCAUCACGGCCAGGCGAUCAAUAUGUCGGUUUUGCCUGGUAGCGGCGCCGUCUGGUCCUUUAAAUCCGCAGGCGCUGGCGGCGGAUGGACUUCCACCACCCCCGGCGGCCUCGCGAACCUAGUGCCCAAGCAAAUGAUGGGUAGCUCACUACAAGCUGGCGGUAUCGGAGGCAAAGCGUGUUACAACUCGACGGACGGCCGGGGCGACGGCGGUUUCGGUGGCGGCGGAGGCGGUUGCAAAAGCGGCGGCGGGGGCGGCGGUUACCGCGGAGGGGACGCCAACUCGACAAACGGAGGCGGCGGAAUUUCGUUCCUUGAUCCGACCAAAGGGAUCCCGAGCUUGUCCGAAGCCCAUUCGGGCUACAACGUGGGCGAAGGGUACGUGGUGAUCAUCCCCGCCGUGGAAGAGGGCUGCGGGUGUAAUUAUUUAUGCGUCUCGCUCGACGAGAAGAGGUCCAGCGUGGUGUGUCUGUGUCCGCCUACGUGGAAGCUGGCGAACGACGAGCAAACGUGCAUACCGCUUUUGACGCAGAGGGAGUCGAAUUAUCCGCCGUGGUUUGUCGUCGGUCUGAUCGUAACCGUGGUUUGCCUCACCGUGGCAUUCGGGGUGGUUUGCUUUGUACUGUAUAACAGAUACCAACAGAGGGCCUCGGGUCUCUUGAGGAGGAAAAUGCUUUCCGGUCCGGACCUGCAACUGGACCGACUCCGGAUGGCGUCGGAUGGUAUGAUGACGGAAUACAACCCCAAUUAUGAAUUUGGAGGGAUCGUAUAUACGCUGAAGGACUUAAAAGAUAUCCCGCGGGAACAAUUGAGGCUCUUGAAGGCAUUAGGUCAAGGUGCGUUUGGCGAGGUCUACCAAGGUUUCUACCGGCAGAGGCCUUGCGACACCGUCGAGAUGCCGGUGGCGGUCAAAACGUUGCCCGAGAUGUCAACGUCUCAGGCCGAGAUGGAUUUCCUGAUGGAGGCGUUAAUAAUGUCCAAAUUCAACCACCCAAACAUCGUCCACUUCAUCGGGGUGUGUUUUGACAAGCACCCGCGGUUCAUCGUGCUCGAGCUCCUCGCCGGCGGCGAUCUGAAAAACUUCCUCAGGGAGUCAAGACCGAAACCGGAACGGGCGAGUCCGCUGUCCAUGAAGGACCUCGUCCUGAUAGCGAUUGACGUCGCCAAGGGCUGCAAGUACCUGGAAGAAAACCGGUUCAUUCACCGGGACAUCGCCGCCAGGAAUUGCCUGCUGACGACCAAGGGACCCGGCAGGGUGGUGAAAAUAGCCGAUUUCGGGAUGUCGAGGGACGUUUAUAGGUCCGACUACUACAGAAAGGGCGGCAAAGCGAUGUUGCCGAUCAAGUGGAUGCCGCCAGAAGCGUUCCUCGACGGUAUAUUCACGAGCAAAACCGACGUUUGGUCGUUCGGCGUUCUCCUCUGGGAAAUCAUGAAGAUGGGGUUCAUGCCGUACACCGGGUGCACGAACCGUGAGGUUAUGGACCUCGUGGUGCAGGGUGGACGCCUUGAGCAGCCGGAAAACUGUCCGGGACCCGUCUACGGAGUGAUGACCCAAUGCUGGCACCCCAAACCCGAGCACAGACCGAGCUUUUCGACCAUAUUGGAACGGUUGGGGUACUGCGCUCAGGACCCGGACGUGAUGAACGCGCCGUUGCCGGUCUUUCAUCGGGCACCUUCCAACGAACGCGACGCGACGCUGAUGAGGCCCAGCGAUUCUGAAGAGAAUUGCCUGCAGGUUGUACCGAAUCCGUCCGAUUACCUGGUACCUAACCACACGGCGCCCGCGACGCCCGAUCCCAUCGAAUCGACGUCGUCGGUGGAGAAGUUGCUGCCCGACGGUUCGGAUAACUGGGAGACGUCGUUUAUCAUGCCGAGCUCGAGAUCCACCCAGCCGCUGCUGCUGGAUAAUGCGAAGGACGAGGAGAACCAGAGGACGUCGGCCGACAACCAGAACAGCAAAGGUCAGCCGUCUUUCGUGCCGAACAGUAUACAGCACAAUAACAAUUUCAUGGUGAAAAAUGAGGGGGCAUCGGUAAAAUCCGGCGUGUCCUUGGACGCCGCUGCUCUCGCCAAGGCCGUCAUGACCCCGAACCAAGCCAAGAAAUACGCCAACGUGAACGCGAGCGACGUUCCGGUCAGCAACGGCCUCAUACAGAGUCACAAUUUCUCGGUCGGCAAUCAUUUGCCCAAAAAUGAUACAGAAAUCAACUGUUAGGUGACGCCAGUUUCGCGACAUGGCGUUGCCGGUUCGCGUCCAGCACCGUAUGUAAUGAGACGUUUCGAUUAUACAUUCAAUAGAAGAAUUUUUGUUUAAGGAAUAUUUUUGCGUAUUCGACAGUUUUUAAAAUAAUAUUUCCAAAAACCGCUCAAAGUGUCGCGAAAUCCGAAAUAUAGUACCGACGGUCGCCGAAAUUUGGUGUUACUUGGCAACGCCGCGUGUCCGAAGGUUUUCAAUUUUAAUUUCAAAACGAGGCUCCUUGUUUUAAAUUACGAGGUCCGAUCAGUAAAUGCGCGAAUUGUGAUGCGGCGAAAAAAAUUGCGUGUAUAUUUGUUGGGCGGACCCCGUAUAAUACCGAUGCUGACGCGCGCAGUGACCGACGUGCGAAUUACAUUGUAAAUGUAAAAGGGUAGGACAUAUUUGAUCCAAAUUUUUAGGUACGUAAGCGGAAAGUGUUGAUUGUUUUUUUUUAAGUUACAGGAUGAAACGGAGAGUAAGUAGAUGGAAAAAAAUCUGCCUACUAUAGGAAGUCAAAGUGAACACAAUCAUUUUUUCUGAUAAUUUGUAAACCGUUUGUAAAAAUUUUUUCGGAUCUGAUGUAUUAUUAUCAUUCAUUGGGUAGUAUUAUUUUGCAAAAACAAUAAAAAGGGUAACCUGCGGCGUGCCGAUUGUUCUGAGACGCCUUGUAUAUCGGAGAAAUCCGCCGAAAAUAUGUGUAUAAACAAAUCCCUCGUUUCAAUGAGUUACGUUCAUCGUUUCAUCCUGUACGCACCAAGGUUUGAUCGCUCGCUGUAUUAAGUAAAUUAUACAGGGUAAACUCAUUAAGUUUGACCGGUGGAAAGCAGUGGAGCGUGAAUGACGUGACGUUCGGACGAACUUUAAAUGCUAUUUUAUACGUGUUGAGGGUUAAUAAUUUUUAUUAAAAAUGAAACCUGGUUGCCGAUAGACCACGAUGUAGCUGCUUCAGCGAAAGGAAAACGGCGGAGGUGGGUGAACCUCCCAUCCCCGUCGUCGUCCGAUGAAAUAAAAGAAUUAUAUGUCAGGGCCGUAAUAUCUGUUCCAUGGACAUUGAAAAAUAUAUUGUAGACGGACUGAUAGGUUUAAGAAUACUAGAUCUGAACGGCAACGCUGUAGACGAUCAUUGCAUUUUAUGAGAGUGGCGCAUCUACAACAGUGACGGGCGCGUAUUAUUGGGGGUCACGUUACACAAUUUCAAACAAACAGAGUGCUAUGGAAUAUCAAUAAUUAUAGUAAAUACUUAACAUUUCUCUAAUUUCCUAAAAUGCCGUUGCGUUACUUAUUAUAACUUUGUGUUCUGUGAAAUCUGAAGAAGGCUAUCUGACUAUCUGGCUGGCAGUAUAUCUUCUUGGCCCCUGAAUAUGUCAAAAGAGGCGAAACGAUGAAAAACACAAUGCAAGGUGAUUCUGACGUAAUAAGAAUUGUGCUGUCCAUCAGCCAAUCGGCGAGCGCGUGCUUGGUCACGCCCCGUUUCGUUUAAAGCCUACACGAGUCUACUAUAUAUUUUUAGUGGUCCGUGCUCUGUUCCCUAUAUACUUUACAUUGUUUCCAGAUUGUAGUUUAUUGAAGACUGUUUAAAGAUUUGUUACCUGCGCGUGUGCCAAUAUUUUUAUUGCGACGUUAGUCCGACUGCUCAACCAAGCGACGCCAGUCGCUGAUUGUUUUCUAUUUUAAGUGUUUUAUUAGUCGUUACCGUUGUAGUUUUAGUUCGGAACACGACGUGCUGUUCGAUGGCGAAGGUCCUUUUCAAUAUUAAAAAAAAAAUGAUUUUGAGAACGAGCAACGCUAAUUGAUCCUACCCCUUAAUUUUUCGAAGCCUGAUCUUUGUGGCUGGCCCCUUGUGUAUAUUUUAAUUUUUAUCAAAAAAUGUUUUGGAAUUGAUGUGUUGAAGCUAAGGUUGCGGAAGUUAUUUGACGUUCCACGAUUAAAAGUGAGGUUAGGCUCGCGAGAUCAUUAAAAAAAUACAUGAAUGGGGCCCGUCUCGAAUCACGUCGCCGAUUAUAAAAGUUUUAUUGUGUAAUAACCUCAUUAUAUCGCCUAUUAUUGCCUUAUUGCUCAAUAUUUAUAGGUUUUAUCGGUGGUGCUUUUGCCUUGGUCUAUAUUUAUUUUCGCGGAAAGCGACCAAUAUUCAUUCUGCAGUGGCGGUUCGUUGCCGAAAAAAUGGGUGAAAAUUUGUGCGAACAAAAAUAAGAAAAAAGAGAUGGAAGAAGUUAAAUAACAAUUUGGUUGGAAAGUGUCAUCUAAAAUUCAGGCAAUCCAUAGAGGUAAAAUAAGAAAAUAUUUAUUUAUUUUUAAGCUUUUCUUUUGUAAAACAUUCACUGAUUUUCACGGAAACGCCACCGCUGAUAUAUUAAUCUUUAUACACGGUUGUGUAACACACCUGUCCUAUUGCUUUAGCUCUUUGCAUUCGGUACAAUAAUUAAACUGGUUGUGCGUAUUUUUUUAUGAAUUCGAUUCGACAAUUCCCGCGGGUAGUUUGCCGUAUACAACUCCCCCCAAUCCCCUCCGUUCGUCGUAAUUAUUUAUCCCUUUCGUACCGUCGUUGGAGAUUUAAAUAGUGCGUAUUUGUUCGUUCUAGACUGAUUCAUUGAUUAUUAGCACUGUCUCCAUCUCCCUUUUGAAAUAUCUCUCUCUCUCUCUCUCUCUCUCUCUCUCUCUCUCUCUCUCUCUCUCUCAUUUUAAACAUCCUAAACAUACCCUGUCUUACGCCCCUCUCCUUUAAAACUAUCUCCCCCUCUUUUGAGCUCAAAUAUUCCUUACCAGCGGUUUAAAAAGAGAGGGAGGCAUAAAACAAAGUGGUUUUAAACGAUGGAGAGAGAGUGAGAGACAUGUUUAAAAAGAAAGAAGGUCAAUUAAAUACUUAAGAGCGUUUACUAUAAUGAUCGAUCCUUCUGGUCUAGAACUAACUAAUGCACACUACUGAUUUAUAUAUCCGACGUUAUGUUUAUUGAAAAUGAAAAUGCUUUAAGUAAAAUCUAAGACCUGUACAUAAUAUAUAUGAAUGUAAUAGUCAAAUAAGCUGACCUGGAAUGUUAACAAUUAAUAUUCGACGCGCUCGGGGUCAUCUUUUGCUUGGUUUUGGUUGCCGAUCAUAAGCGGCGUGUUUUUUAAGUAAGUACAUUGAGAAACCUUUAAACGAUUUGAAGGCGAAAAGUGAUUUGAGUUACAAGGAUUAAAUUUUUUUUUGUAGAUUUUAGAUUUUUCAAAUAUUCUUAGAUAACAAGGUUUUCCAACGAGAUAGGAGACGUGAAAAUCAACAGACAAUAGAAUUAUAAUAUCGGUUGCCUAAUUUAUUUUAAACCCAUAUACUGAAAAGAAAGUAUUUCGUGACAUAUACUUUACAUACUUUUUGCCUUUGAAUCAACUCCCGAAGUUUAACUACCAACUUGAAAACAUCGAGUUGGUUGUUGUGCGUUUUGGAAAAAAACAUGGCGCCGACGCGACGAUACCACGCAGGAACUUUUGCAUUACGCCUUAAAUUGGGUAAAAAAAAAUCGGAAAUGUGCGCGACGUUGUCGAAUCGACUCGAAAUCUGAUAAAGUCGGAAAAUCUCUUUUUAACACGUACCGCCAAAAGAGCGGCGCACUUUUCCGAUUGAGAACAACGUUAUCGCCUCGUAUUGGUUGCCCUUUUAUAAGCUUUUGUGUAAAUAUAACCUACCGAUAAUAUAAGUUAUCCGUUUAGUCCCGGACUAUUCGACAAGACUGGUUUUUAGGAAACAAAAUCCAAUUUAAGUUUUAAAGUGAAAUGUUCGACAAUAUGGCACGUUCCGCGCGUACUUCGUCGUCAGAGGUAUACGCGGAAUCGAUACCGUAUUUCAUACCUACAUCAAAAAUAUAAUAGGUGUU